UACUUCUCGUGGACAGUCUCUGAAAACGUAAAAUCCAAGAAUGUUUUCGAUUCUUCUCCGGUCGUAGAGAUUCUAGAAACUCCGGUGAAAUCCUUUUACCGGGCUCGAUCGAAGUUACCUUUUUUGAAUCUUCUCUGCUCCGAUUUUCCUUCGUUUUCCUUCAUUUUCCCGAGAAACCAAACAGUUUCGCUUUAUUUUAUUCGGGCGAAAAUUGAAUAAAGCCUCACCAUAGUUGAUCUGCGAAUCGAAGAUCGAGCAAUGGAUUUCUUAGAACUAGAAGCGAUCGAGGGUGUACGGUGGACAUGGAACUCAUGGCCAACAACGAAAUCGGAUUGUAAAUCUCUAGUUGUUCCUCUAAGCAUCAUGUACACUCCAUUGAUGCAGUUCUCCGAGCUUCCCACGAUUCCUUAUGAUCCGCUGAUUUGCUCUCGAUGCGGCGCAGUGUUGAACCCUUACGCUCGUGUGGAUUACCAAUCUCGAAUCUGGGCUUGUCCCUUCUGCUUGCACAAAAACCUCUUCCCUCGCUCUUACGCCGGAAUCACCGAGACCAAUCUCCCGGCGGAGCUUUUCCCGACUUACAGCGCCGUCGAAUACUCUCCGCCGCGUAAAUCCGCAUCCACCACGGCUGCUUCGACCGCUAGCUGGACGAAUGGGAUCGGUCAAGGGCUACAACCGUCGAGAUCGAUGUCUUCCUCUUCGUCUUUCUCGUCUCUCGCUUCUACCGUCGGCGGAGCUGGUGGUGGUAGCUACGGCGAGCUUGGGCCUGCGUUCGUGUUCGUUCUUGAUGCGUCUAUGGCGGAAGAGGAGUUACGGGCCCUGAGAAGCGAGCUUUUGCUAGUGAUUGAGCAGUUGCCAGAGAAUUCCUUGGUGGCUUUGAUUACUUUCGAUUCCAUGGUUAGGGUCUAUGAUUUGGGUUUCUCAGAAUGCUCUAAAGUUGUUGUCUUCCAUGGCGAACGUGAGCUUCCUCCAGAGCAGAUACAACAAUUUCUCGGACUUGGAUAUUCGAAGCAGCUUCAUCAUGGGAAGAUGUCAGCGAUUCGGAAGCAGAGUUUCUUGCUUCCGUUGGGGGAAUGUGAGUUUAACAUAACAUCUGCUUUUGAAGAAAUCGUUACAUCGGUUAAUGUCAAACCCGGUCAUCGGCCUCAUAGGUCAACCGGUACUGCGAUCUCGACAGCACUGGGACUGCUCGAAGGAUGUUCUGUAACCACAGGAUCCCGGAUCAUGGUUUUCACGUCAGGGCCUGCAACAAGAGGCCCCGGGAUCGUUGUGGACUCGGAUCUAAACCGUUCGAUCAGAACACACAGAGAUAUCAUCACUGGUCAAGUGCCUUAUUACGACAGAUCUUGCGGGUUUUACAAGAAACUAGCAAAAAGGCUCUGCGAUUCGUCUGCUGCUCUCGAUUUGUUCGCUUGCUCUCUUGACCAAGUUGGAGCAGCGGAGCUGAGGUACGCAGUGGAAAUGUCUGGUGGGUUUCUCUUACUUGGAGAGACGUUUGAAUCCGAGCAGUUCAAGAAAUGUCUCAGACAUAUAUUCAGCCGAGACGCAGAUGGGAACUUGAACAUGUGCUUUGACGUGUCUAUAGAAGUUGUGACGACUAAAGAUAUGCGAAUCUGUGGUGCGCUUGGUCCGGUUGUGUCGCUUAAGAGGAAGAAUGAUAUAGUGAGCGAAACAGAUAUCGGUGAAGGUGGAACAUAUUCAUGGAAGACGAGCACUGUCACUAAUAAGACUUGUGUUUCGUUCUUCUUUCAUGUGAGCAACGAGCAGAACCGAAAACCGCAACCCGGUUCAGCGUUCUUCAUUCAGUUCAUUACUCGUUACCGGUAUGGAAAUGGAGGAUUGAGAAAAAGGGUUACAACGGUUGCUAGAAGAUGGGUCGCCGGAAAAUCGCCGGAGAUCUCGUCUGGUUUCGAUCAAGAAACAGCUGCUUCGGUUAUGGCGCGGCUUGCGAUAAACAAAGCAGAAGAGUGUUACGCUAGAGACGUUAUUAGAUGGUUAGAUGACGGUUUAAUCCGGUUCGCUUCACGGUUCGGAGAUUAUAUUCAAGAAGAUCCAAAAUCUUUCAGGUUGACUCCAAACUUCUCGCUUUACCCUCAGUUCAUGUUCUACCUAAGGAGAUCACAGUUUCUUGACGUCUUCAACAACUCUCCAGACGAAACCGGGUUUUUCCGGUUAAUGUUAAACCGAGAAGGUGUGGUUAACUCAAUCAUCAUGAUUCAACCAACGCUUCUCCGGUAUUCAUUCGACGGGCCACCGGUUCCAGUCCUCUUGGACAUCCGGUCAGUGACACCAGACGCGAUUUUGCUGUUCGAUUCAUAUUUCUACGUUGUGAUCCACCACGGUUCGAAAAUCGCGCAAUGGAGGAAACUCGAGUAUCACAAAGACGCGAACCACGAGACUUUCCGUAACCUUCUAGAAGCGCCGGAGAUCGAUGUGGUGCAGCUAGUGAGUGAUCGGAUUCCGAUGCCACGGAUCGUACGGUGUGACCAGCACGGUAGCCAAGCUCGGUUUCUUCUCGCUAAGCUUAACCCUUCGGUUACUCAGAAAACCGAUCAUACCGGUGGUUCAGAAAUCGUUCUCACUGAUGAUUUGUGUCUUCAAGAUUUCCUCGACGAUUUGCAAUCUCUGGCGGUCAAAAGCUGAGAGAAAAUCGGUAAAUUGGUUUGGUUUUUUGACUAAUUGGUUAUACGAAUGAUUACCUUAUUAGUGUUCAGCUUUUCCAGAAUCGUU